GAAGAAGGACGAAGCCAACUUGGAAGUGGUCCAUUGAAAGGUUGAUAGCGCGACCUCCUGUACUGUAGAAUGUAGUAUGGACUAUAGGACAGGACGAAGACCUCCUGUACUGUAGAAUGUAGUAUGGACCAUAGGACAGGACGUUAAGAAGCUGUGGAGGCCUAAGAUGCUCUACUAGUCUGCUGGAAAUCCAAAGAAGACGAAGGAGUCAAAAGCAAAAUGGCGUUUGACAGAGAAGGCCUAAACGUGGCCACUGGCCAUUAUUGUUUCUCUAUUUGUAUUUAGUGCAUACAUGUACGCAUAUAUGUCGUGUAGUAGAUGAAACAUUGUUAGUCAUUGUUUGUAUCCGGAUACAUUAGUCUGAGCGCACUUUAUCAAGUCUUGUGCUAGUUAGCUUAGCUUGCUAGUUAGCUUAGCUUGGUAGCUGCUAACAAAGAGACGCGGACGUUAUCAACACAUCGCUAAGUAGAGAUCAAAUGUGAGUGUAAAGUGUUGUGAUUGUGGGAAAAUGUGCGAAAGAACGAUAGCAAAGUAUGAGGAGGAACUUUGUCCAACAAAAGAGGAGAAGGAGCGACAACAUCAACUACUGGACGCUGUUUUCAAGAAACAUCAAGUUGUGUUACACAGAACAGACGUCCAGCAGCCCCCCUCACAUUAAAGAGGAAGAGGAGGAUCCACAUCCCUACCACAUUAAAGAGGAAGAGGAGGAAGUGUGGAUCACUCAGGAGGAAGAGUGUCUUCUAGGGCAGGAGGAGGCUGAUCUCAGCAAGUUUCCACUGACUGUUGUCUCUGUGAAGACUGAAGAGCAUGAAGACAAACCACCUGAGUCCUCACAGCUUCAUCACAAUCCAAACGUCCCUCACAUUAAAGAGGAAGAGGAGGAUCCACAACACCCCCACAUUAAAGAUGAAGAAGAGGAUCCACAGCCGCCCCACAUUAAAGAGGAAGAGGAGGAAGUGUGGAUCACUCAGGAGGGAGAGUGUCUUCUGGGGCAGGAGGAGGAUGAUGUCAGCAACUUUCCACUGACUGUUGUCUCUGUGAAGACUGAAGAGCAUGAAGACAAACCACCUGAGUCCUCACAGCUUCAUCACAGUCCAAACGUCCAGCGGGUGUCAGCGGGGAGUCAUGAAGAGGAGUGGCACACCAGUGUGGGACAGAAGGAGCUACAGGCCCCCUCCCACAUUAAAGAGGAGCAGCUUCAUGAUGAAGAUGAAGCUCAGUCCUUACAGCUUCAUCACAGUCAAAGUGAGGAGAACAGAGGGGCGGAGCUUGUAAGUCAACACAUCACAGAAGCUGAUGGAGAGCAUUGUGAAGAUAUCAAGUCAGAACCAGACAGCAUCUUUGCUCCACUGUCAGACAUGGACCACAUGAUGUCACACUCUUCUGAUCACAGUGACCACAUCCAAAAACCUUUGGAGAGUAAAAAUGAGUCUAAAGGUGAUACGAGACAUCACACUAACAACAAACACUUUGACUGCUCUCAAUGUGGGAAAUCAUUUAGAUUGAAGAGCAAUUAUACAGUACACAUGAGAAUACAUACUGGGGAGAAACCUUUUACUUGCUCUGUUUGUAAGAAGAGUUUCUUCAGAAAGGGUGACAUGACCACACACAUGAAAACACACACUGGAGAGAAACCUUUUGCUUGCUCAGCUUGUGCUAAAAGAUUCAACACUAAGAAUGACAUGACCACACACAUGAGAACACACACAGGUGAGAAACCUUUUACUUGCUCUGUUUGUAAGAGGUGUUUCUCCAGAAAGGAACGCAUGACCACACACAUGAGAACACACACUGGAGAGAAACCUUUUGCUUGCUCAGCUUGCGCUAAAAGAUUCAACACUAGGAAGGAAAUUAUAUUGCACAUGACAACACACACAAGUGAGAAACCUUUUACUUGCUCUUUCUGUAAGAAGAGUUUCUCCAGAAAGCAAAGCAUGACCAGACACAUGAGAACACACACUGGAGAGAAACCUUUUGCUUGCUCAGCUUGUGCUAAAAGAUUCAACACUAAGAAGGAAAUUAUAUUGCACAUGACAACACACACAGGUGAGAAACCUUUUACUUGCCCUGUUUGUAAGAAUAGUUUCUCCAGAAAGCAAAGCAUGACCAGACACAUGAGAACACACAUUGGAGAGAAACCUUUUGCUUGCUCAGCUUGUGCUAAAAGAUUUAACACUAAGAAUGAAAUGAUAUUGCACAUGAGAACACACUCGGGUGAGAAAACUUUUACUUGCUCUGUUUGUAAGAAGAGUUUCUCCAGAAAAGAUAACAUGACCACACACAUGAGCACACACACUGGAGAGAAACCAUUUAGUUGCACUGUGUGUGAUAAAACAUUCAGGUUUAAGAAUCAGGUCAGUAGACACAAGUGUGUAACAGUCAUGGAAGCUGCAGGGAUUUAAAAUGUGCUAAAUGUAGUUUAAAAACCCAGCAUGUUUAAUAUGAAUGUAUAUUUGAUGUUGUAUGUAGUGCUUCUCAUCUUCUAGUCUUAUAUGUUGUCCUGUAGUUACUUUUUAUGUUGUGUUUAUUUAUUGAAUAUUAUGUAUGUAACUACUAUUUUAACUUAUUUUCUCACUUUUUAAAGAGAGGGCACCUUAUUUAAAUUUGUUUUUUGUGUGUCAUUUAAAAUUACACAUUUUUUUGAUUGCAUUUUAUUGAUGUUAUUAUCCAAUUAAAAGUAUGAAUGAAUGAAAUUGUUAACAAAAUGUGGACUCUGGUAGAUUAGCAGCAUUGUUACAUCAUGGAUGUUAACUACUGCAAAACAUCAACAAAGAAGAAAAAGGCUGAAGUUAGCUACACAUCACUGAACUUUAGAGCCAUCGUGAGUGGAGUUGCUUGAUUUUAUUGCUGCAUUUGUACUUAUUUC